UGGAUUUCUCCGUUGUCCUCCAUUUGCCAUGGAACAAUGUCUGGUUCUUCAGUAGAACACAAACAACACCAGUGUGGGAAGCAUCCUCAGUAUCAAUAGUUACUUUCUACACCGCCUCUGGGUAAUUUGCCUUGUGUUACUAUGAUUUGUUUCUCUGUGCUGGAAACCAACGGUUCUCUUUUUUUUUGUGUUGCAGAUAAAAUCGAAGAAGCACAGAAAGAACUGAAAGAUCCCAAAGCCAGUGCACAGAAAGGGAUCAAUGAGUGUGGUCGAACAAGUGCAGAUAACAUAAAGGGACUGAAGAGGAAAAAGGUUGUGACAGAGAACCAGCUGAAGAAAAUACCCAAAUCUCCUGUGAAGAAGCCCUUGCAGUCCAAGACCUUUGUGGCAACACUCCAACGUACCUCGUCCAAGGAGGCUGCGAACUCCUGCUCCAAUCCCGACAUCCCCUCUCGAAACCCUGCCAGCUCACCAAGCCGGAACAGAGAUACGGAGUACCUUCAGCCUGUUGCUGAAUCCUCUGAGGGAGUGACACCAUCCAUUGACAGUGAUAGGCUGAAGCAGAGGGAAGUGUCUUCCUCAAAGCCACAGUCUCUUGAUCCGGUCAGUGGUAAAGAGGGGUCUGCCUCUGGUGUUGGGGAAUCUGAGCAGCUCAAGGACCGUAAGAGCGGCGCAACUGGAUGUGAAGGUGAAUCUACUUACCACACCAGUGCUCCACUUGAGGUCUUGCUCAAGGCUAUGGAACCGGACUUCAGCUCCUUGGCAGAAAGAAACACACAUUUUCCAGUCACAUCUGUUGGAAAACCAAGUCAAACUCUUUCUGCCCAGUUUAUUAGUGAAUUGAAUGCUAUGCCAGCUGUACAUUUUGGACUCCAAACUCAGCCUGGCCAUAUGCAAACUUACUUUGUAAAUAAACAAGAGAGCUACACCACCGUGCAGGCCUCUACCCAGGCUACUCCCUUGCAGAAUUCACAGCAUGCUACACAGUAUUUCAGCAACCGGGAAAAGCCUGUUCUACAAAUGAGCUUCAGUACUGGGCCCUCCGCUGCCCAAACUCAUGCACCUGUUCCAUCUGGCUCCAAUUCCUUACCCAAGAGCCAGCCGCCGGUGGUGCACACAUGCCAGUCCCUAUCUGCCAGUGUCCCCAGUACCAUUCAAGUCCCUGUUACACCUGGUUACAACCCAGUCCAUAUGGCCACAGUUGUGAACUUUGGUCUUGAACAGAUGUGUAGCAUCUCCCCAAAGCACCAGAAGCCUAAGAAGCAGGGGAAGUAUGUGUGUGAAUACUGCAGUCGGGCAUGUGCAAAGCCUAGUGUGCUCCUCAAGCACAUCAGGUCCCACACAGGAGAACGCCCCUACCCAUGUGUUACAUGUGGCUUCUCAUUCAAGACCAAGAGCAAUCUGUACAAGCAUAAGAAAUCCCAUGCUCACGCAAUAAAACUGGGGCUUGUGGCACGUUCCGACUCUGGAAGUGGGUCCCUCUCCGUGGAGUCUGACAAAGCACCCGGAACACAUUCAGAUGUAGAGGAAAGCGGGGACAGUGACGAGGAAAGUAGCACAGCAGACCUGGACCCUGACUCGUCACAAAGCAGUGUUGCAGCAUUCUCUGAGAGCAGUUUGCAGAGUGCAGGCACAACACAAGGCAACCAUGGGGAUGCAGGGGACCUAUCGGCUGUUUUCGAAACGCUUAAACCAACGACGAGUCAGAGGAGCUACGAGUCCAAAGGGACAGCUGGCCUCCCGAAAGUAGUCGUCUAUCCUGUUAAUGUCUCGCCUCAGCGGGCGGACAGUCCAAGAGUCGCAGACUCUACCCCUGAGCAGGCUACUGCCCAAAGGCAAAGGGACUUCCAAACGGCACAUCUAAGAUCCAGCAUCACCGUCCUGUCGUCCUUGAAAGAGGUGGAUUGCACAAUCCCCCUGCAGGAUGCAGGAAGUGAGGAUGAGGAUCAACAGUGUAGGUCCCCACCAGGAGGCGGACAUGGUCAGCUUCAAAGGCAGCAGGCCACAGACUUUUCUCAGCAGCAGCAGGGCAAGUGUCUGCUUAGUCCCCGCAGUUUAGGCAGCACAGACUCUGGGUAUUUCUCACGUUCUGAAAGCGCAGACCAGGCCAUGAGUCCCCCGAGUCCCUUUGUAAAGCUCACCCCACCAACAGACAUGGAUGUCACCAAAAAUGCACUUCCUAAUCUCCCUGCAGUGGUUGCCACUGUUAUGAAUGUGGCUUCCGUGGAGAAGCCACAUGUUGUGCAAGGACAAAUGCGUCCACCAUUAGUAACAAAAGCACUCUCUCUCGAGGAACGAAUCUCAAAGUUAAUAUCGGACAAUGAGGCAGUGGUUGACGACAAACAGCUGGACAGUGUCAAACCAAGAAGGACUUCUCUUUCCAGGAGAGGUAGCAUAGACUCCCCCAAAUCGUAUAUAUUUAAAGACUCUUUUCAGUUUGACCUUAAACCAAUGGCGAGAAGGUCAAGUUCCAGCUCAGACAUACCCAAGUCCCCAUUCACCCCCACAGAAAACUCUAAGCCAGUAUUGCUAUUGUCUGUACCUAAUCAGUAUCCACCGAUGGACUGUUUACCAAUAACAAGAAGUAAUUCUAUGCCCACAACUCCAGGGCACUCGGGUCUCCCACCAAACGUUACCCAACAACCCCACAUACUACGGAUCUGCCAGUCUUUUGAUGAAAAAAUGAGUUCCUUAAACGAUGAUGUGUUUUCAUCUGCUCCCUGUACCCCAAAUCCAGCAAUACAUUCUCGUACCCUUGUACGUCAAGUAGCAGUGGAACAUUUCUCCACAAGUGAGGUCCUUUCCUCAGUCCGUUCCAUGGAUGAAGGUUACCAUGGUUCUAGCGUUUCCACUGUGACAAUGCAAAGGAGCAGGUCUUUUGAGCAUGCACAAGACCCAAACCGAAAGCCUCAGCAGAGCAAAGGCACAAUGUAUGAGUGUGAGACCUGUCGUAAUCGAUACCGAAAACUAGAAAACUUUGAAAAUCACAAGAAAUUCUAUUGUUCAGAACUUCAUGGUCCGAAAAACAAGCUGAUGUCUGUCAGAGAGACUGAGCUGGAUGUUUUUCAGCGUGGCAUGCAGCAGCCAUUAGUUCCCAGAUCAACAGGUAUUUCAGGCAUAAUGGACCAACAGCAAUCAAUUAGAAAAAGAAGGAAAAUGAAGAGUGUUGGUGACGAUGAUGACCAAUCACCAACUGACACCAAUCCCCCAUGCUCUGUUAGUUUUGAUUCUUGCCAACUAUCAACAGCCAGUUCAGGUCAGACAUUUUCUCAGCACUCUAUCAUGGUUGAUCUACUGCCUAAAAGCAACCCACCUCAAAUACCUCAAAUUCAGCUAGUAGCAGGAGUUACAGAAUCAAGACUGUCACCGAUCAGAGAAACCCAGGUUAACACCUCUGGUAAAGAAAGAGGCGACCUACAGAGGCAAGGCAGCGGUACAUCAGUUAUCAGACAUACCAACUCUCUAAGCAGGCCCAAUUCAUUUGAGAUCUCUGAAUCCAUUGACAGAGCCUCUCCUGUUGAUUUCCUGGACAAAGAUGGCCAUAGAACAGGAAAAACUAAGGCAGAUGCUACAGCCAAUCUUUCAUUAGAGAGCUACCAUGAAAAGAUGUCCAUACCUAAAUGUGCCAACCAGGGAGGGAUGGAAAACCGUGUUGACCGCACAUUAGCAGCAGUGGCUGAGAGCUGUGCUGCUGUCCAGCAGUCUCGCCUGGUUCGCCAAAACAACAUUCCUGAAAUCCUGGUCACAGAGGAACCUGAUCGGGAGCAUAACGGUCAUAGCACUGAGCAAGGGGAAAAGGCUGCAGAUACAUUCAACUGGCCCCAGAGGAGCGAGAGCCUGUCCAAGCUACCCACAGAGAAGCUUCCACCCAAGAAGAAGAGAAUCCGUCUGGCUCAGAUGGAGCACUCCUCUGGAGAAUCCAGCUUCGAGUCCUCACUGUCUCGAAGCCUCAGCAGGGACAGUAGCCUCUCAAGAUGUUCCAGCGUAUCAGCCUCCUUCGACUGGGACGAGCCAUUAAGGUCCGAGAGCCCCUCCAGAGGAGAAUGUGUCAACAAAAUCUGUGAUCUUCAAGGGCUACCAAUAGCCUUCAACACCCUAGGGGUCCCUGGCAUGAUGAGACGUGCUGCCUCAGAACAGAUCAGUUGCACUCAACCCUCAGUAGAGAUCUCUUGCGACUAUCGCAGCAAGUCCUUCGACUGUGGCAGUGGGUCUCCCAGCAGGUCUCUGCCACCCAACAGGUCAAUGUCACCAAUGGAACUGCGAAAGAGUCCUCAAACCUCCUCGUCUCCGCAUGUACCUCUCAUUGAAAGGCGAAGGGGGCCACUGGUUCGCCAGAUGUCUUUAAAGAUUGGGCCGGAGAGUCAGCAACAUGUCGGCAAUCAUGCCAUCGCUGUCCAGAGGCUCCCCACUGUAAUCUCUAUAUCUCAGCAGAGGCCUCAACAGAUGCAACAGACUGCCAACAAUCCUCCCAUUGCCCAAAAUUUUAUUUUGCAUUCUGGAGAAACUCUCCAGCAACACAACGAAAAAAUGGUGCAAAGCAUUAACCUGGGCAGCCAAAGUCAACUGCCUCAAGUUCAUGGUCUUCCACACCCUUGGCACCUAACAUCAAGGGUUCAGACAUGCCAAAAUCAACAGCAAUCUGCAGUUAAUGUCGUGAUCAGCCAAGAAGAUGCUCAGAACAAGUCUGCUGACUCUCAAGACAAGAAAAGCUUUGUGCCCAAGUACCAACUGCGGUGUCCUGCUCUGAGAUCAAGCAUAACAUACUCUUCCACACAGGGUACUCAGACAACCUUGCCUGUCUUAACAAUACCCAUUGCCAACCGGAUGCAAAGUGUGUCAAAGUCUUCAGAUGUUCUCCACAAUGUCUAUGUGGCACAGCCGUGUCAUCAGAUUGUAGGGAAUAAGACACAGUCGAUAAUAUUGCCUAUAGGCCUACAAAACAACCGACCUUCUCAAAACCAGCCAGGUGCUCCCCAAUUACCACAGAUCCUGAUAACCCAUGAGCUGAUACAUCCUUCCCCCUCUGUGGCCAGUAAAGGCAGCCUCUACAACCUUCAUGUUGUAAAUACAGACACAAAGACUGUACCAGAUAUGAACAAGGACAGGCCUCCAGCAUCUGCUGGCCUUCAAGUAAAACACAGUUUAGUUUCCAAUACCCAGAACCAUUUUGGUGAAACUCAAAUAGCUCCCUCCCUGGGCUCCUUACACUGCACCCAGAAAAUGGCAGCUGUGACCCUCUGUCCACAACAGGAGCCCAUUGCCUCAAGCAAGAGAAUGCUCUCCCCUGCCAAUAGCUUGGACAUCGCCAUGGAAAAACAUCAGAAGCGAGCAAAGGAUGAACAUGGUGCUGCAUGCCUCACUGACGGCAGGUCCGUCAACUACCUGAACUCCAACAUGGCAGAGGUGACUAGGCAACGGAAACUAAUGCUAGUCCGGCAGGUGUGCGCCACUGAAUCAUCAGACAGUCCCAUUGAAACUGUGGCUCCUCCACUGCAACACGAGAAACCAGAGGAUGAAAAGAACGCCCAGACUCCUAAUAACCUCAAGACUAUGACACCUGAAAGCACUGAACAGGAUAAACCAUCUACUGUAGUUGCUCAAUUACAGCCAAGCUUUGCAUUAACCACCUCUCCAGGAAGUCACGUCUCCGCCGUGCCAGCGAACGCCUGCCUGAAGCCUCAAGACAAGAGCGAGGAACAGAAAUGGCCCCCUGCCAAGUGUCCCAUUAGACCCUCUACUUUCCACGGACAGGUGAAACUGGCCUCAUCUGUAUCUGUGGUCAACACACGAGACAGCCACCGCCUGUCUUUCCCCAGCCUGAAAACGACCACCACCUUCACCUGGUGUUACCUGAUGAAGAGGAAGCCUCUGCAUGUUCCCCAGAUGGACCAGAAGAUCUCGGCCUACUCCACCUGGGCAGUGAGCCCCAACAACCCCCACCCACUGGGCCUGCCCACCAAGGUGGUGAUGUCUCUCUUCAACUCCAAGCAGAACUCAAAGAAAAUACACUACACAGAGGCCAUAACGACAAGUAUGAAAUCAGACAUCUUGGCCUAUUCAAGCAAGCUGAAAGACGUCAUGCCUAAGGUCCUAAAGCAUCAGAAGUCUCUAACAGCUGAGAAUAACAGCAAAGUGAAACCUGAGACUCAGGUGAGCAGUGAAUCAGACAAGGAUUCUUCCUCAUCCAAACUAGAGCCACGGAGAGUCAAAAUAUUUGAUGGAGGAUUGAAAUCUAACGAAGAGUAUGUGUACGUGCGUGGGCGGGGUCGUGGUAAAUACAUCUGUGAGGACUGUGGGAUCCGCUGCAAGAAGCCCAGCAUGCUCCGUAAACACAUCCGCACCCACUCUGACGUACGGCCCUAUCACUGCACCCACUGCAACUUCUCCUUCAAGACUAAAGGGAAUCUGACCAAGCAUAUGAAGUCCAAGGCACACAGUAAGAAGUGUAUAGAGAUGGGUGUGGAGGACCAGGAUGCAGAAGACUCGGGAGACCAUAGCCAGGUGGGCAGUACAGACCGCCCAGAUUCAGACGGAGAGGACUCCGAAGGUGCUGAUGAUGACAACGAAGAUGAUAAUGAGGAAGAGGAGGAUGACAGCCAGGCUGAGUCGGGCCUGUCCACCAACCCCUCGGUCUCAGCCAGCCCCCAGCACAUCCCCUCCUCCCUCCAGGCUGAGCUCCCUCCCAGCUCCCUUCUGGCCCAGUUGUCCAUCCACCACCACCCAGCUGCCCUGUCACUCCCCCAGCCCCCUGCCUCCGACUCCCACACUCACGAUGCCUCAGACACAGAAUCCGUGCCCAUGCUGAGCCCUGUCUCCCUGGUCAAGCAGAUGUCCAUCUCCGGAGGCUUCUCCAGCCCCUUGCCCUACUCCCCGCCCCCCCACACAUCCGGCACAGAGUCGGUGCCCAUGAUGAGCCCUGUCUCGCCGUGCAGGCAGAUGUCCAUCUCCGGAGGCUUCUCCAGCCCCUUGCCCUACUCCCCGCCCCCCCACACAUCCGGCACAGAGUCGGUGCCCAUGAUGAGCCCUGUCUCGCCGUGCAGGCAGAUGUCCAUCGAUUACCCUGACUUUGACGUGCCCCCUUGUCCCCCCGCACCGGGCAAGAGCUGCUCCAAGCUCAGCCAGGAUGGCACUUUGGCCCUGUCAGUGAGUGACCCAGGUGUCCCUGUCGGGACAGAUGUCAGCACUCAGACCUCCUCCUAUGGCCUCCAGACAUCCUCCUAUGGCCUCCAGACAUCCUCCUACAGCCCCUUGCACUUUCCUUCCCAGGGCCCGACCCAAGGACCAGGGGCCACACAGGGGACAAACACCCACCUCUUCAGCCACCUGCCUCUGCACUCCCAGCAGCCCUCACACUCCCCCUACAACAUGGUCCCCGUGGGGGGCAUCCAGCUGGUUCCCGCUGGCCUGGCAGCCUAUUCCACCUUCGUGCCCAUCCAGGCUGGCCCUGUCCAACUCACCAUCCCCGCUGUGAGCGUCAUCCACCGGAACACCAGCCCCCUCCCAUUCCCCAACUCCUCUCACUCCCCCGAGGCUGAUGGUAUGGUGAGUCCCUCAUCCCCCGUCAACCAGUCUCUGGUGGUCCAGGAGCCCAUCAGUAGUAUCAUGCCCUGCUUCCCCCUUGGGCAGGUGGCUGGGCUGGGGCUGGUGGCUGGGCUGGGGCAGGGGCAGGUGGCUGGGCAGGUGCCUGGGCUGGGGCAGGUGACUGGGCUGGGGCAGGUGGUUGGUCUACCGGCCCUCGGGGCCUCCCACCAGACGCUGCAGUCCAUGGGUCUGGAGACUCUGACCCUGACCAGCUCAGAAGGCCUGACCUCCACCCAGCUGCUAUCCCAACGUGGCCUGUCGCUCAAUGCCACCUUGGGCCUGCAUGUCCUGGCUCACACCCCCACCUCACAGAGCAGGACAGUCCCCCACCACCACACCCACAUCUCCGGCCUGCAGAUCCUCAACAUCGCCGUUCCCACCCUCAUCCCCUCCCUCAGCCCCCUCUCCGGCCUCAGUCCCCUCGCCGGACCCUUUGAGAGGCAGGGCAGCCUCGAUGCCCCAGGAGCCCCACGGGCCCCUCAGCCCUCCUCUCAGACUGAAAUCGGACCCUCAGUCAGCUGUCUGUCUGCUGCUUCCCAUCCCACCGCCACCCUGAGGGGAAGUCCCGCCCAGGAAUUGGCAUCAUCAUGCAGCAGAUCAGGGUCAGGGGGUUCCGGAGGUUUCAGAGGCUCUGAUGACACACAGACUUCAGAAAAGAAAGAGAGGGUAACAACAUCGCUAGCACAGCCAGCUCCAGCCCCAGCUCCAGCCCCAGCUCCUGACAGGGGUCUGGAUAAGAAUAAGAAACCUCCAGCAGAGGGAGCCAGUGAGCCUGUCACGCCUCGGAGGCAGUCGAUGCCCUCACGACAGCAGGAAACGGAAGACUACAAUGAUGACUCGGCAUCCAGCGAUGAUGAGGACAGACUGGUCAUCGCCACCUGAAACCCCCAACCGAAUAGCCUGAUUAAAACCAGACUGAAUGCUGAGUUUACAAUGGUGAUCUCAACGUUCAAUCUGGUUAACCAGGCUACUUAUCAAUGUUCUUAUUUUGUAAUGGUUGUCACUUUCUAAGACUGAAAACACUUCAGGGUGGGUUUGUUUCUCUGCAAAUCACCAUUCAAAGCACAGUUUCUGACAUUCAUAUUGUAUGUGCAAUCAAUAGAUGCUUAUGAUAAUGAUCUUUUAACUUUUUUGUCAGCUCCAGACAAUUUUUUCUUUUGUACAUGUUGUAUAGACAAUUGUGCCUUUUUUGUAGUUGCUUGUUUUAGUAACCUGUAAAUAAUACCUUACAAAUUCAGUAGUUGCUUGUUGUAUUAACCUGUAAAUAAUACCUUACAAAUUCAGUAGUUGCUUGUUGUAUUAACCUGUAAAUAAUAACUUACAAAUUCAGUAGUUGCUUGUUGUAUUAACCUGUAAAUAAUACCUUACAAAUUCAGUAGUUGCUUGUUUUAUUUCAAUGAAAUGGAACUAAAUAGAAAAAAAUGUACCUUUACCGGUUUUAUUUUGGAAAGUUAACGUCAAUUGUAAAUUUAUGAGAAGAAAAACCUGAAUGUGUUGCACUUGGACAUUUCAUUGUUUCUGUGUACAGAUGUUGUGUUCAACUAUUUAUUACAGUAUAUUCCAUGUGGUGCCCAUGAUGCUUCAUGUCCAUAGGUAUGUGUAAUAUGGUAGAUUUUCAUUGCAGUAUCACUAUUAUUAUCAACUGUAUCAGUAAAACUUUGUUUACACACAU